AUGGGCGAGUAUAUGAAAAAGUAUUUCUGUCCCAGACUGUUGGAUUAUAUUGUGAUUGUUGGCACUCGCAAUCCUAACCACAAUAACAAUGUGGCACAAACUCCAGAGUUACUCCGUCGGUACCCUGUGGAAGACCACAGUGACUUCCCACUACCUAAUGAUGUUAUCUUCUUCUGUCAGCCAGAGGGAUGCAUUAGCGAGGGGCCCAAGAGAACCAGUCUACGAGAGACAACCCCAUUUGUUUUUACUCUAACUGAAAAAGAUUCUGGGAUUGUACGUUAUGGAAUAUGUGUCAAUUUUUUCCGACCUUUCGAGCGAAAGACUCAUUCCAAUGAAAAAUCCAGGGAUCGCCUUGACUAUUCCACUGACCCUAACAAAUUGACUCCACAUCAUGCAGCUGACAGUGACCCACCACAAAGAUCACCAAGAACUCGGCGGCGACUCAAAACUGCUAGUCGUGUGAGAAACAACACACUUACAUCAUUGUGCAUUGUUAGCCACCACCCUUUCUUAUCUACAUUCAGGGAAUGUUUAUUUCUUUUACGGAAAUUGGUUGAUGCUUGUCAUGACAGAAGCUGUACAAGACGAAUUGGUGGAUCAAAAGGAUCAUCAAGAGACACAGUAUGGAGUGUAUUGACUGGGCAGUUUGCCGAUAGUAUUCCUAAUUUGGUUCUUCAUGAAAUCCGAGAACUGGAAACCUGGAUAUUACGUCUGUUGAGUGCUCCAGUACCAGUGCCUGCAAAAACAAGAGUAGAGGUACAAGUACUUCCUAAGGAUCUGCAGCCCCCUCUUCUCUUUGCCUUACCUGAUCACACCAGGUUUUCUUUGGUAGACUUCCCUCUUCAUCUCCCUUUAGAAUUGCUAGGUGUGGAGACCUGUCUAAAAGUGCUAACUUGCAUCCUACUUGAACAUAAGAUUGUGCUGCAGUCCCGAGAUUACAAUGCUCUCUCAAUGAGUGUAAUGGCAUUUGUCUCAAUGUUGUAUCCUCUGGAAUACAUGUUCCCUGUAAUUCCUCUACUUCCCACAUGCAUGAGUUGUGCAGAACAGUUACUUCUGGUACCAACUCCCUAUAUCAUUGGGGUACCCUCCAGCUUCUUCCUAUACAAAGUCGGAUUCCACAUGCCAGAUGAUGUCUGGCUUGUAGACUUAGACUCAAAUAAGAUACAAGCACCACCAGGAGCUGAAGAACUACCUGCACUCCCAGAACCAGAAGGCAGUAAAUUGAAAAACCAUCUCAAACAAGCUCUUGCAAGCAUGAGUAUGACCCCACAACCAAUCAAAAAUCUUGAUGCUCUUGCCCAAAGCCCAGAAUUAUUAAAACGUCGUGAGAGUUUUGGUUCUAAUACAGGCUUCAACCCACUCAUUUAUGGCAAUGAUGUUGACUCAGUGGAUGUGGCAACUCGAGUUGCUAUGGUCCGCUUUUUCAACUCUCCAAAUAUCCUUGGAAACUUCAGUGAACACACUCGGACACUUCGACUUUAUCCUCGACCUGUAGUUGCUUUCCAGCUUCACAGCUUCUUCAAGUCUCGUCCUAUAAAAACAGCUUUCACAGCAAAACUUGCUAGGACUCAAGCUGUUGAAUAUUAUGCAGAAUGGUCACUGUGCCCAAGCAAUGUGGUGUUUCUGCGUGUUCAGACUGCAGUGUAUGAUCCAUCUUUAAUUGGAGACAAGCCCAAAUGGUAUGCACAUCAAUUGCAGCCCGUAGAGUUCAAAGUUUAUGAUAAUAAUUCCUCUCUUGGAGCAGCCCUUACCUCAGCACUGGAGACCCAUAGUGAUGAGAAUCCAACUGAUGAGAGCGGAAGUGACAGUGAUGGAGCAGACAGCACUAGUUCUUCAUAUUCCUCUUUGAGUGACUUUGUAACUGACAUGGUUAACAGUGAAAUUGAUGGCGAUACUCCAAUCUUUGUACCAGAGAACCAAAUUCUGGCUGUUGAUCAUUCAAAGAUAUUCACACCUCCGAGCAAACUGCAUGUGCCAGAAACAACUGUUGCUGCAAGUGAAUCAACUUCAGCCACAGCUGAAAGUGAUGCAGAUUCCUCAGCUUCAUCCAGUCCUACUUACAGUCAGGAUGUUCCGCCAUCUUUUGCUGUAGACCAGAAAGGAUCUGUACCAGAUUACUUCCAAUUUGAUUCUGGAAAUACAUCAAAACACUCAAGCAGCAGCAGCUUUACAGGAACUAUGGCUGCAACCAGUGUUAAUAGCCCGAGCUCAGCCCAAACUCCACCGUCACAGGUGUCGUCUGUGGGAAGCCCUCAGGUGCCUGUCUCCCCUGCACUGAAACGAGAUGGCAGUGAAAAGAAAAUCAAGCCAUACUCACUACCCCUCUCUGACCGAGCACAUUCGACAGAUUCACCAGGACCCCCUCCUCGCCCUACUACUCAGCCUGGUCAGGGACCUGGUCAAAGACAUGGUCUGGGUACUAUUCCAAGUGCUCCAAAAAGGCCUCCAAAACUCAAACCACUGAAUUUAAGUUUAUCAUCUGAGCAAUUUUCAGAAUCUUCAGACAAGUCUCCAACAGCCUCAUCAAUAAUGUCCACAAUCAGCAGUGAAUUAAGUGGAAUUGCCCAGACCACCAGCAGUACCCUAUCUGGCCUACUUGGAAAUAAUCGAUCUGUUAUGCCAAAUCUUCAAGGUAGACCUCAAGCUAAGCCAUUUGCACCGCUAGGUAACCGACGAGCUCUUGUCGAAAAAUCAGGUUUAGUAAAACAUACGACUAACCGGCGACCUCGUGAAAUGACCCGACAACAAUCUACAGAAUCCCGCCCCAAUUCUAAUAGUGAAAACCAAGCCUUCCUGAAAGAAAUUAUAAAUUCAGUCCUUGAAGGACAUGGGGUCAGUUGGUUGAAGAUUAGUCGUCUGAAAAAACUGAUGGAAGAUGAGAACUAUCGUAACUUUGUGGUCAGUCGACUCAACAAAAACCUUGAUAAAAAGUUGACUGAUGAUAACCAACAUAUCGAAGAUGUGUGUGUUAAUCGUCAGGUUUUCAAGGGUAUGUUGACAACACUGAAAGCAAUGGUGCACGGCCUUGAAUAUACUUAUCAAAAUCAUGGUCUGGGCGGCAUGGCUAGUGCAUUUAUGGUGCUUGAAAUAUUGCAUACACAUUAUUGGAUUAAGGAAGUUGGUAAUAACAGCAAUAAGAGUGAGGCUAGUGUCACUCCAGAGAUCUCAUCGCCUUAUGGAAGUAGAGAAAGCCUUUCAUCGAAAGGUGAGGACUCACCCCAAAAUCCUGAGGCCCGAAGCUUGCAUGAGGAGCACAUGGUGGCUGCCCUUGGAUCUCCUGUUAUAAUCAAUGGAGAAGAAUUUGAAAAUAUUGAAAUUCCUUCAACCAGUGAAAAUCUUCCUGAAGAGGAAUUUCCUUCAAAUAUUGACACCCAGGAUGCUGAGGACCGAACAGCCAAGUGGAUUGGGCACACCACAGAAGAGGAGAAGCCCCAAAGUGCCGAUCAAGCAAGUCUGAUCAGUUCAGCUUCUGACAGUGUCAAGUCUUGUGAUAUUAUAGUCACUGGAGCAGAACCUGAAAAACGUGCAUCAGAUAAGGACAGUGACAUGCUGCAUGAUCUGGUGCGCAAUAAGGAUCUACUUAAAGCUCGCAAGAAAACUAAGGGGAAUAGCAUGGAUUCUGAAGUAUCUGAAGGCAGCACUCUGGUAAGCAGCAGUUCUGACAAUCCACCAGAAGAGGACUGGCACAAGAAGCCCAAACCAAAUCAUCAUUUGGUCCGCAAUACAAUGUCAGAUAGUGAGAUGGAGCUUUCUGGGAUGGUGAAUUAUCACAGAAGGAGUCGAUCUUCAAGUAUCUGGAGCAAUAAGAGUAACUUGAGUGCAGGAUUUCGAUACCAUGAUGGUAAAAUGAUUAAUACCUCCCCAUUACCCAGCCCAGAGACAGGAAAAACAUACCUUUUUGAAGGAGUCAUUGGCAAAGAUAGAAGUCGCUUAUGGGACUAUAUGCAGUUUUGGGAAGACAUGUUUUUAGAUGCAGUUGCCCAAGAAAGAGACAUCAUUGGAAUGGACCAAGGGCCAGGUGAAAUGAUGGAAAGAUACAAUUCUCUUGGAGAUCCAGAGAAGAAACGUUUGGAGCAUGAUGAAGACAAGCUGCUUUCUGUGAUGUUAUACAAUCAUGUUGCAUUCAUGGUUAUGAUGGAUGUAAAGAAGAUUGAAAUCAAGAAAAAGAUUCGUCGUUUGCUUGGCAAAUCUCAUAUUGGCCUUCAUUACAGCCAAGACGUUAAUAAUCUGCUGGAUGAAAUCAGCAAACUUAAUGGUAAUGAUAUUGAUCUCAAACCCAUGGGAAGUCGUUUAAUGCAAAAACAGUCAUUUACAGUUCAUUGGGGAAGUGACAACACUGGAGACAUGUUAUUCAUGGAGGUGUGUGAUGAUUGCAUAAUUUUACGAAGUGUCACUGGAGCCAUAUGUGAUCGAUGGUGGUAUGAAAAACUGGUGAACAUGACGUAUUGCCCUAAAACUAAAGUUCUGUGUCUCUGGCGUAAAUGUGGAGAGCGGGUUCAACUAAACCAGUUCUAUACAAAAAAAUGUCGAGAACUUUACUUCUGUGUGAAAGAGACAAUGGAUAAGGCAGCAGCACGAAACAAUGGCAAAGUACCAGGUCCUGAUUUAGGAGGUGAAUUCCCUGUACAAGAUCUCAGAUCUGGCCAAGGAGGACUACUCCAAGUGUGUAUGGAAGGUAUAGGACUUCUCCUGGCCAAUAGCAAGUUCUUUAUUGAGAUAAGUCGUGUCAAGAAAUGUUUCACGCAGAAAGGAGGCAUUUUUGUGAUUGAGGAGUUUGAUCCCAAAACUCGGCAAGUGAUUCCCCAUAAGUUCAAGUCCAGCAUGGCCAAUGAGAUGGUGCUGAUGCUCCACCGUAUUUUUGCCAGAAAUGUGGCAUUACACUCAAAUUCAAAGAAAUUCAACAGUCAUUCCAAGAGUAGGCAGCAAUUCUGUACUAUACUUGAACAGCUACUUACUCACUCACUCACCAGCUUUCUACCAUUUACGAAUCUCUGCUCUGUUUUGACAAACACUUGCAAACUUGAUAAAUUGAUUUUUUUUCUUUUCCUUUGA